AGGCUGUCCUUGAAGAUCCUAGUCUUGCUGAGGUACUAUCUGUUCUUCGCUUGAGGAAGUCCUGAACGACUCUGAUUUUGCAUUCCACACGCUAUCAGGACGAGAUACUCCGACAAUGCCAGUCUGUCUGUGAUGGCAACCAGUAGCAAGAACUCCUCACCAGUCCCAUCUCGUAAGCAGCUUGCCGUGCUCCUUGUAGGAUGUGGUGGCGUUGGAAAAUCCGCUUUUGCCAACUCACUGGCAGGCAACCCGAAUUUGUUCACGGUGUCGGACAGAGUUGGGUCGAAUCAAUCUGAAACCAACCAGAUAGAAACGUUCCCCAUUCAAGUCCAGGACCAGCAGUUUGAUCUAACGAUCAUUGAAGUCAGAAAUGUUGCUGAUUCUCACGAGCAAAACGCUGGUCAUCUUGAGGAAGCUAUCAAGGAUUUCCCAAGCGGAUUGGAUCAGGUGUGUUUCGUCACUACAGGACGUUUCGAUGACGCCACUAUAGCCUGCUUCAAACUGCUUAAGGCUGUUUUCAAAGAUGAGAUUGUGUUCCAUACCUGCUUUGUGAGAACACGAACUGAAGAAGUCACGGAGAAGCUCACUGAAGGCUUUAAGAAGGCAAUCGGAGAGAAACUAGGCUUGCAAGACGUGAACAUCUUCUUCGUUGACAACCCGAAACCAGUAGACUGUACUGGAGCUGAAAACCCUGACGCUAGCGCAAUCUGCACUGAGCGUGAUAGGUUUUUGGGCCACCUCGCUACGCAAUGCGCUAAGCCCCCGUACAGUGUUCUGAAUGCGAAAGAAGGUAUGAUGCAAAGAGUCAGGCCAUAUCUUAAGGUCCAGAAACUUACUGGGAGAAUAACCGAGAAGGACGUGUCCGACAAGGAAAAACAAGUUGCCAAGCUGGAUGAAGAAUUGAAGUCGAGGAGUGCAGAGAAGCAAAGGGUGAAAAACCCACCGUCCUUAGUGGUGGAGAAAAAAACGCAUACUACUAAUGCUGAAGAAGCUACCGCUACCGGACAUACAGACGAAAAUCAGGUCGCUCUUCAAUGGCAACAGCUUCGGGCUGAGUUCCAAGACGGGCUGGAAAACCUGCGGCAGAUAGUAUCGAAAAUGGACAGCCUAGUGAAAGAAAUGGCCCCAAUGCAGCGACUCGAGGGAGUGGAGACGCUUCAAACUAAGCAACGACAGCCGCAAGUGACCGAUCCCAAGACCCUAGACCGGGAGUCCACCCGUCAAGAUCCAAAUCAGAGCAGCCCCAACAGUCCGGGUUCGUGAAUUCGAGGGGUCUUCUCUGGCCGUAAGAGAUGACGUUCAAAGUCCAUUGGUUACCCUACACGGCAAUCAUCCUACCUGACAUCGUGUACACCUCUAUACUUCUCGCAUACUGGAUAAACAGCGUGUUCGUCUAGUGGCCACGCCGCCAGUCAUCACACACACACACACACACACACACACACACACACACACACAAACACCACACACCCACUCAAGCACACACACACACACAAACCACACACGCACUCAAGCACACACACACACACAUUCUCUCUCUCUCUCUCUCUCUCUCUCUCUCUCUCUUCUCUCUCUCUCUCUCUCUCUCUCUCUCUCUCUCUCUCUCUCUCUCUCUCUCUCUCUCUCUCUCUCUCUCUCUCUCUCUCUCUCUCUCUCUCUGCUUUUCUGUGCAUAAGUAAAUUUGCUCCUGAAUUGUACACCCUGUUAAGUUGCAACCUUCCUCCUCCUUCCUACACCGCUUUCUUUAAUUAACCCCAUUGUCACAUUCGCUUCCAUGUAAUUGGGCUUGUAGUCCGAGUGUACUUGCGAGUUCAAAUACAAAUAUACAUACAUACAUACAUAGGACCACCUCUGGUGUUUCUUGCCGCACGUUUCUUGCUUAGACUAUGGCCGCUCCAUCGUCCUCGUGCUCCCUUCUCGGUAUUAGUGUUGUACAAACCCUUCUUUUAUUCUGUAUCAUUCUGCCCCUAUAUACUUUUAUGCAAAGUGAUCUGAUGCUCAUCAUUCGCUGCCUUGUCACUGGACAGUUUUGUCCGUUUGGUUUUGCAAAUUCAAAUAGAGAAAACACUAACAAAAACAGCAUGACCCAUUGAACACUCCGCCGGUCAGAUCCCUGUGCUGGAACGCGCUCAGUGCUAACUCCUGCACCUCAUGCAAGGACGACACACCCUACGUUCAAGUAUUAGUACUCAUAUUCACCAGCGCUUGUCUUGUCUGCCUGUAUGUAUUACCAGUUUCACCAAUUACCUCCCGAAGGGUGCUCGUCGAUGCUAUCCAGCGCAGUAUGAUCACUUCGUGGCGUCUUGUUUGCUAUCCAAUGGUACCGUCACACUAUAGUCCAAAGUGUCUAUACAAUACAGAACAAUGAAUGAUG